AUGGCACCGAAUCCAGAUAUCAGCCAAAUCACACGAAUUGGAAUCGUGGGAGCAGGAAACAUGGGCACGAUGAUGUCCUUCGGCUUCUCCGAGCACGGUCUCGACGUGUCGAUAUGGGACGUAUCAGAGAAGAACGUCAACCAGGCGCGCGAAAUGGCGGAGCAGACCAAGACUCUAAAAGGCAAGAUUGAUCAUUUUAAGGACAUCCACGAGUUUACCAAAAGCUUAAACUCUCAACCGCGGAAAGUAUUCAUAUUUUCCAUCACCCAUGGCCGGCCCGCAGACUCCGUGUUGGAGAAGAUUAAGGAUGAUCUGAAGGCUGGUGAUAUCAUUCUUGACGGUGGGAAUGAGAAUUAUCGCAACACCGAGAGGCGACAGAAGGAGUUGGAGUCGAAGGGUGUUAAAUGGAUUGGUAUGGGGGUUAGUGGUGGUUACCAGUCGGCUAGACGUGGUCCGAGUAUGUCGCCGGGAGGAGAUCGCGAUGCGGUUGAGUUCGUACUCCCGCUGCUUGAGAAGUUCUCGGCGAAAUCUGCGAGGGAUGGGAAACCGUGUGUUCAGUAUAUGGGCCCUCGCGGAGCCGGUCACUACGUAAAAAUGGUUCAUAACGGGAUCGAGAACGGCAUGCUCUCGGCUGUCUGUGAGGCAUGGAACUUCUUACACAAGUCUCUUGGGCUAUCCAAUGAUGAGAUUGGCAAGAUCUUCGAGAAGUGGAAUUCAGAAGGAGAGUUGAGGAACACCUACUUGAUCCAGAUCGGUUCGGAGAUAUGUCAGAAGAAAAAGACACCGCAAGGCGACCAACAUGGAGAGGGGAAGGGCGAGAAUGGCUACGUUUUAGACGAUGUGCUGGAUAAGGUAGUGCAGGAUGAUGAUAGUUCGGAGGGUACUCUAUUCUGGACGGUAAUGGAAGCAGCCAAUCGUCACGUUUCGGCACCCACGAUCGCGACCGGCCACUUCUUCCGUGUUGCUAGCGGAAACCGAGCACAGAGGUUGAAGGUUGCGGAAAACCUCAACAUCCCGAAACCGCAACUAGCAGAGGUAAAAGAUAAGGACAGCUUAAUCGAGAGUCUACGUCGGGCAGUUUACGCAUCCUUCCUCUGCUCAUUUUGCCAGGGGCUUGAGCUCAUCGCGCGAGCUUCGAAGGACGAAGGAUGGGGCGUCAAUCUAGGUAAAUGCAUUCAGAUCUGGAGAGCAGGAUGCAUCAUCCAGGAAGACUACAUCGCAGACAUGCUUGAGCCAAUUCUACUGAAUACGAAGGAGCCCAUUAUGAACAUUAAGCUCAUUGACGAGGUCGCGGCCGAUCUACACAAGAACUUCGAUGCACUAAAGCAAAUCACGCUGAAAGCUGUUGAAUUGGACAACUACAUUCCGGCUAUAAGUGCCAGCUUGGAAUACCUCAAGUAUGUCGGCGGAGGCAUGUUGGCGACACAGUUCAUGGAGGCAGAGAUGGAUUUCUUUGGCGCGCAUGCUUACGAUAGGCCUAAUGUGAGAGGAGAGGACCCGGGGAAACCGGCGAAGGGCGCACAUCAUUACGAAUGGCGACCUGCUUAA